AUGGCUUCGUCUGAGCUGCCCCCCCACCCUGCAGUAGGUGACCAUCUCGCCCUGGAGACCCCCAGCCCCCUGCCCCACGGGGAGGAGGACCUCGGCGAAGCCUUUGACUUUGACGACAGCGAGGAAGAGGAGGAGGAGGAAGAGGACUCAGCGGCCGAGCCGAGCGGCGAAGCUGUCCUCCGGGCACCCCCUCGCAGACGGCGUGCUGCCAGCUCUGGCGUUGACGGGCUGGUGCCGGAGACCCAGGAAGGGCUGCCAGUGGGGGUGAGCAAUGGGGAGGCUGGUGGAGACCCCCACAUCGGUGCCCAGACCUGGAAGAGGAAAAGCAGUUGCCAAGGUGAGCGUUUUGAGUUCCCGGUGGUGGAGGAUGAUGUGAUCUACGAUGAUGUCCCCUGUGAAACGCUUGAUGCCGAGCAGGACGAGCGGAGCCUGAUCUACGAGGAGGUGCAGCGCGGCGAGGGGCCACGGGCGGGCGAAGAUUUGGGCUGGAGCUCCAGCGAGUUCGAGAGCUACAGUGAGGAUUCAGGCGAGGAAACGAAGCCAGAGGCCGAGCCGGCCAAGCAGCGGGCAUCCUUCCAGCCCAAGCUUUCUCCAGACCUGAAUAGACUAAAGGAGAGAUACGCCAGGACUAAGAGGGACAUCCUGGCUUUAAGAGUUGGGGGGAGAGACAUGCAGGAGCUGAAGCAGAAGUACGAUUGGAAGAUGACCCAACUGAUGAAAGCGGCCAAAAGUGGCACCAAGGACGGUUUGGAGAAGACCAAGAUCGCGGUGAUGAGAAAGGUGACCUUCCUGCACCGGAAAGAAGCACCAGGAGACUCGGAGGAGGAGGACACGGGUUUCCUGGAGGUCACCGUCUCCGACAUGAAGCAUCCGCCACCAGAGCUGGGCCCCAUGCCCGAGGGGCUGAGCCCACAGCAGGUGGUACGGCGGCACAUCCUAGGCUCCAUCGUGCAGAGUGAGCGGAGCUACGUGGACUCCCUGAAACGCAUCCUGCAGGAUUACAGGAACCCGCUGAUGGAGAUGGAGCCAAAGGUGCUGAGCGCUAGGAAGUGCCAGGUGGUGUUUUUUCGUCUGAAGGAGAUCCUGCAGUGCCACUCCAUGUUCCAGAUCGCCCUCGCCUCCCGCGUGGCCGAGUGGGACUCGGCGGAGAAGAUCGGGGACCUUUUUGUGGCCUCGUUCUCUAAGUCCAUGGUACUGGACGUCUACAGCGACUACGUCAACAACUUCACCACUGCCAUGUCCCUUAUCAAGAAGGCUUGUCUCACCAAACCCGCCUUCCUUGACUUCCUCAAGAAGAGGCAGAUGGCCAGUGCUGACCGGGUCACGCUCUACGGGCUGAUGGUGAAACCCAUCCAGAGGUUCCCCCAGUUCAUCCUGCUCCUGCAGGACAUGCUGAAAAACACCCCAAAGGGCCAUGCGGACCGCCUGUCCCUCCAGCUGGCCCUCACCGAGCUGGAGACGUUGGCAGAGAAACUCAACGAGCAGAAGCGCUUGGCCGACCAAGUCGCCGAAAUCCAGCAGCUCAGCAAGAGCAUCAGCGACCGCAGCAGCCUCAACAAGCUGCUGAGCUCAGGGCAGCGGCAGCUCCUGCUCUGUGAGACAUUGACGGAGACAGUGUACGGCGACCGGGGGCAGCUCAUCAAGUCGAAGGAGCGGAAGGUUUUCCUGCUCAACGACAUGCUGGUGUGCGCCAACAUCAACUUCAAGCCAGUGAACCCAGGAGGCCAGCUGGAAAUUAGCAGCCUGGUGCCCCUCGGUCCCAAAUAUGUGGUGAAGUGGAGCACGGCCCUCCCGCAGGUGCAGGUGGUGGAGGUGGGGCAGGAGAGCGGUGCCUAUGACAAAGACAACGUCGUCAUCCACAACGCUGGUGCCAAGAAGCACGCGCCGGCUGGGCAGGCUUCGCACAAUAAAGUCUACCUGGGGCCACCACGGCUCUUCCAGGAGCUGCAGGACCUGCAGAAGGACCUGGCGGUGGUGGAGCAGAUCACCCUUCUCAUCAGCACGUUGCAUGGCACCUACCAGAACCUGAACAUGACAGUGGCCCAGGACUGGUGCUUGGCCCUGCAGAGGAUGAUGAAGGUGAAGGAAGAGGAGAUCCACUCUGCCAACAAGUGCCGCCUCCGUCUCCUGCUGCCUGGGAAGCCAGACAAGUGAGUCUGUGGAUCUGGGUGGACUCUUCCCACCCUGGGGAGGAGGAGACUGAAGAUGGACCUGGUGAUGCUUUCUCUACACAGGUCUGGCCGCCCCAUCAGCGUCAUGGUGGUCUUCAUCACUCCAAACCCCCUGAGCAAGAUCUCCUGGGUGAACCGCCUGCACUUGGCCAAGAUAGGACUGCGGGAGGAGAACCAGCCGGGCUGGCUCUGUCCCGACGAAGACAAGAAGAGCAAAGCUCCUUUCUGGUGCCCCAUCCUCUCCUGCCACAUGCCUGCCUUCUCCUCCAAAGCCCUUGAUCUGCAGCUCGGCGCCGCGGUGCACAACCCCGUGCAGUCCUCGCUGCUGGGCUUCUCCGCCGUCAGCACCUCGCUGCCGCAGGGCUACCUCUGGGUUGGGGGGGGCCAGGAAGGCGCAGGGGGGCAGGUGGAGAUCUUCUCCCUCAACCGCGCUGUGCCGCGGACGGUCAAGUCCUUCCCGGUGGCUUCGCCGGUGCUGUGCAUGGAGUAUAUCCCCGAGGCGGGUGAGGGGGAACCGGCGGGCACCCAGGAACCCCGAGCGACCACCGAACAGCCCCCAGCAUCCCCGCAUCCCACCGUGUGCUUGGGGUUACGGGAUGGCAGCAUCGCAGUCUACGGCAGCGUGGACACGGGGACGCAGUGCUUGUUGACCUGCAAAAGCCCAGGCAUGCAACCUGUCCUCUGCUUGAGGCACAGCCCCGAGUACCUGUUUGCAGGGUUGCAGGAUGGGACCGUGGCCGCCUACCCGAGGAGGAACGGAGGGCUGUGGGACCCGACAGAGCAGCCCACCCGUCUGGCCGUGGGUACCGGUCCCGUGCAAGCCCUCCUGACACUGGAUGAGACCCUCUGGGCCAGCUGUGCCAACCAAGUCACUGUCCUCGAUGCCACCGGCCUCUGCGCCCAGCAAACCUUCGAGGCCCACCCGGACGCGGAGGCCAGUGUCACGCACAUGAUCAAGGCGGGCAGUGGGGUCUGGAUGGCCUUUUCCUCGGGCUCCUCCAUCCGCCUUUUCCACACGGAGACACUGGAGCACCUGCAGGAGAUCAACAUUGCCACUAGGACCACCUUCGUCCUCCCAGGUCAAAAACACGUCCGUGUCACCAGCCUCCUUAUCUGCCAGGGUUCGCUCUGGGUGGGCACCGACCAGGGCAUCAUCGUGCUGCUGCCCGUGCCCCGCUUGGAGGGCAUCCCCAAAAUCACUGGAAAAGGCAUCGUGUCCCUCAACGGGCACGGUGGCCCCGUGGAGUUUUUGGCAGUGGCGUUGAGCACCCUGGCACCUGAUGUACUGAAGGGUGACCAGGAGGAGGACGAGGAGGGUGAGGAAGAGAAAGCCCCUGAACUGGAUGGCCCCCCACCUCGGGAAAUGAGAAAAAAAGGGAUUUUAUUACAAUAUCGCCUCCGAUCCACCUCCCACCUCCCCGGGCAGCUGCUGUCGGUGCGGGAAGCGCCAAUCGGCGGCACGCCGGCACACACCGAGGAGGACGGCUCCAUCUACGAGAUGGCCGACGACCCUGACGUCUGGGUGCGGAGCCGACCCUGCGCCCGUGACACCCCACGCAAGGAGAUCUCCUCGGUGGCCAUCGUUUCGGGAGGUCGGGGUUACCGUAACUUCAAUGCCGAAUCGCCACGCCGGGGCAGCGAUGCCGACAGCACCCUGCUCAUCUGGCAGGUCCCAUUAAUGCUAUAG